AUUAUGGUCAUGUGGCUCCACUGUUUCUAAAUAGAGCACGUGUUAAGUGAAGAAGAUGAAAAAUCGUAAGAGUGUUUCACCAUCUUUGAAGAGACAGAGGGCAUCAAAGUUCACUGGCUUAGUGCUUGUGAUACCAGGGAUUAUUCUGUAUAUCUACAUCCUCUACAUCAUCUUCUCGAUACUAGUCUACCCUGGCUCCUUCUCACCUUUCAUGGGACGCACUUUGGCCAUCAUAAAUGAGGUCACUAAGGAAACCACCCACUCCAUCUUAAUGGAUGCUGGCCUCCUGAUUCUAUUUGUGGCUCAGCACAGUCUCAUGACUCACCGCUCGGUCAGGACGUUCUUUGAGGGCCUUGGCAUGCCAGCUAUCAUGAGACCACUCUAUGUCUGCUGCACAUGCAUCGUUAUCAAUUUGAUUUCCUACCUCUGGUGUUCCACUCCACACAACACGCUCUGGGAGAGUGACUCGGGCGUGCUCCAUCUUGCCCUUGCCAUUGUCCAUCUGGCCUGCUGGAUCUCCAUUUCUUGCUCUGUGUUCACCAUAGACUAUUUGGAGCUGCUAGGGAUCAAGCAGUUGUAUUACUCCUAUAGUGGGUUUGACAAUCCAUGGCUGUACAAGUCGAAGGAACAACAGCAACUCCUUAGUCACAGUCGCCACCCCAUCUUCCUAGCCCCUCUAAUUAUCCUCUGGUCAGUCCCAGUGAUGACCUAUGAUCGAUUCCUUGUGGCCAUGUUGUUGCCCCUCUACGUUGGGUGGGGCAGCUCCAUUGACUCCUUUGAUGUUUCCUAUGUCACUGAACAGUUUGAGGUCAAGAAAGCACAGCUCUUAGGAAAUCGCAAAUCAAAUUAAUCACACACUCUCUAUAAAUACUUGUAGUUAUAUUAUUUUGACUUCUUCCUAAUUCCUGUAAAUUGAAUAAUCACCUUCAUAUUCAUAAUUAUUAAUUUUGUGCAAUUUUGUUUUGCAGAGCAAGCCAAAUGAAAAUAAUUAUAACACACACACACAAACAGAAAUAAGCAGUUAAACUAUUCAUCUUUGUACAUAAAUAUAAUAUUCACUAUCUUGGAAUGAAUUUCCACCAAGUUCA